UGUAAUUUUCCUGUGUGUUGUAAAUCCUAACCUCUGUGAUGUUAAUGAGGCAAAAUUAGGUAUGUUAAAGAGGAUUAGGGUGGGAUACAACACCCCUACUCAGGUCACUGCCCUGAUCAGAUGUAAGGGGAGUUUCCCUGGGAUGUGGCCUGCAUCACCUUUUAUCUUACAAGUGAGAGAAGCCAGCAGAGAGAUAGGUACCUCAUUACCACCAAGCAAGAAGAGCCAGAAGUGGAACAAGUUCUUUGGACCUGGGGACCCUGUGCUGAGAAGCUCUUUAGCCGGGGAGGAUUGAUGACAAGGACCUUCCCCCAGAGCUGACAGAGAGAAAGCUUUCCCCUGAAGCUGGCACCCUAAAUUCGGAUUUCAUUUUUUUUUUACACCUUGAACAAAUUAAUUUCUGUUUGUUAAAACCAUCAACUUGUGGUAUUUCUGUUACAGCAGCACCAGAUAACUAAGACAUGCCCCUACCUUCCUUCUGAACUUUGUUUUUGGGCAAAUGCUGCCCUUUAGAUCUUGCAUAAAUUGAUUAUCCUGAGAUGUGCGUUCCUCACUGGUGUUAUUGUUCAUUUUAUAGGCCUGUCUAUUGUAUGGCUAUAAUGUGACCUCUGGGAGUAAUUUCAUUUCCAUGUUUGAAGGGUCCAAGGGCCAUAGUCUUCCUGCUAUAAUUUGGACUAGUUGUUCUCUAGGUCUACUGCACAAAUGUAGGUUAGGAUCUUCCUUUACCCACGACCUGGAGGUUUAUAUCUUUUUAAUAGAUUUAUGAUUAUUUUAGUGGGAUUUGGGAUGCUGAAUAGAUAAUUGUUGUUGUUACUGUUCAGGCAGUCCCUGAUUCAUGGCAGCCUCAUGUACAAUGGAAUUGGACUAUUGUGAUCCUUAGGGUUUUCGUUUGCUGAUUUUUCAGAAGUAGAUUUGACAGGACUUUCUUCCUAGUUUUAGUCCGGAAGCUCUGCUGAAUCUUGUUCAGCUAGCCUCAACUGACUGACAAGCAAUGGCUGCAUUUGAGGUGCAUCGGCCAGGAUCGAAACUAGGUCUUCCACAUGGAAGGCAAGAAUUCUACCGCUGAACCACCAGUGCUACCGUAGAGAUCAUUACACACUGUAUAUGAAAUUCAAGAUCUCCUACUCAUUCUUCAGUCCCCUCCUGUUGGGCCUCUGCCCCCACCGUUCCACUGAAACAGGUCAUCAUAGUCAUCAGGCAGCUGGAUCUCAAAGAGGAAGAGAGAAGGAGCUGGGUCUUCUGUGCUGCUUCUUCCAGAAUCACCAGUUAGUGCUAAGGGUGGUGGCUGCUAACCAAAAGUUCUUCACAGCAAUUCUACCUGCUGCACACAAGUGCUUUGUUACCACCGCCAAGGAUAGAAAGGAAAAAACAAAAAAAACUGGAGAUGAAGCUAGCAUUUUAGAGCCAUAUGUGUCAUUGGCUCAGCAGAUGGCACCACCUAGUCCAAGCAACAGUAACCCUAGCAGCAGCAGUGGGAGCAAUGGAAAUGACCAGCUGAGCAAAACCAACCUGUACAUCCGGGGAUUGCAACCAGGCACUACUGACCAGGACCUCGUUAAGCUAUGUCAGCCAUAUGGCAAGAUUGUCUCCACGAAGGCCAUACUGGACAAGACCACAAACAAGUGCAAAGGGUAUGGUUUUGUGGACUUUGACAGUCCAUCAGCAGCCCAGAAAGCUGUAACAGCGCUGAAAGCUAGCGGCGUGCAGGCACAGAUGGCAAAGCAACAGGAGCAGGACCCCACAAAUUUAUACAUCUCCAACCUCCCCCUGUCAAUGGAUGAGCAAGAAUUGGAGGGGAUGCUGAAGCCCUUUGGCCAGGUUAUCUCCACCCGAAUCCUUCGAGACACCAGUGGGACCAGCAGAGGGGUUGGCUUUGCAAGGAUGGAGUCCACAGAGAAGUGUGAAGCCAUCAUCACCCACUUUAAUGGAAAAUAUAUUAAGACACCCCCUGGAGUACCAGCCCCAUCUGAUCCCUUGCUUUGCAAAUUUGCUGAUGGUGGGCCAAAGAAACGACAGAACCAAGGAAAAUUUGUGCAAAAUGGACGAGCCUGGCCAAGGAAUGGAGACAUGGGUGGCAUGGCCUUGACCUAUGACCCCAACACAGCUCUUCAGAAUGGGUUCUACCCAGCCCCUUACAACAUCACUCCCAACAGGAUGCUUGCUCAGUCCACACUGUCUCCGUAUCUUCCAUCUCCUGUGUCUUCGUAUCAGAGAGUGACUCAGACAUCUCCUCUACAAGUACCUAAUGCAUCUUGGAUGCACCACCAGUCAUACCUCAUGCAGCCUUCAGGUUCAGUUCUGACACCAGGGAUGGAUCACCCCCUUUCUCUCCAGCCUGCCUCCAUGAUGGGACCUCUUACCCAGCAACUGGGCCACCUCUCCCUCGGCAGCCCGGGCACGUAUGUGCCAACAGCUGCAACUAUGCAAGGAGCUUACAUCUCCCAGUACACCCCUGUGCCUUCUUCCAGUGUUUCAGUUGAGGAGGGCAGCGGCCAGCAGACUCAAGUGGCAGUGGAUACUCCCUCAGACCAUGGGAUCUAUUCUUUCCAGUUCAACAAGUAACAGUGGAUUGUUCUUUUUCUCUUCCAUACAGCAGAGCCUGCCUACUUUGCCUUUAUACAAUUUUUAAUUUUGUGGAUUUCUUUUUUGAAUUAAAUUUCGUGUGGCAUAUUUUGGGGGCUGGGCCAGGAACAAAGUGGAACACUAAACAGGCAAUGGGCGUGGCUUUUCCUCCUCCUGCCCUGCCACCUCCUGGGAAAAAAGACUAGACUUUGGCCUCAGGAUGCAGAGACGUGAUCUAGACUGAUGAGAGAGACAAUCCCAUGGCCUCUGGAAGCCAGCCACCCUUGAGCCAAAUUUGGAUGAAGAGUAGGUCUUCCCUGGCAAGUUCCAGAAGAAAGGACUUAGUGACUUCUGACUAACUCUGCUCACUGCUGGGGCCAGCACACCUGAGGAAGUGUCUUUUGCCGCUGCAGCUCUUCAGGAAUACCUGCUUUCCCGCCUCCUAGAGGAGCUUCUUUUCUGCCCUGAGCCCGGUGGCCACUCUCCUUUCCCAGUUACACAUCGCUGCUCCCAGCCCAGAGCCUGUACAGCUGUGACUUUGCUGAAGCCACUUAGGCUCCUUUCCUACUAUGGGUGGUCAGCUCUUCACCUAGAGACUAGUGGUUUUCAGCCAGAGGUGAUGUUGUCCCUCAGGGGACAUUUGGCAAUAUCUGGAGACAUUUUUUAUUGUUAUGCCUGGGGUAUGCUACUAGCAUCUAGUGAGUAGAGACCAGGGAUGCUGCUCAACAUCCUACAGUGCACAAAACAGGCCCCCACAACAAAGAAUUAUCUGGCCCGCAAUGUUAGUUGUGCCUAGAUUGAGAAACCCUGAUACAGAUGGUCCCUGCCUCCUGCACAGUAGGACUUGGUAAAUUCCCCACUCCCCACCCUGGACACACAGUGCCUUUUGACACACAUGCAGUUAAUUGGGAGAGACAGAACUGGGGUCCUUGAGCUCUCCCCAGGCUUUGACCUUUGGAACCUCUGCAGCUAACAAGACCUGUCCUUGAAAGGCUUGUGGCUAUGUGUGUCUGUGCCAUGUGUGCACACAUAUGCAGUGGGAUGGAGGACAGGGCUGUUGUGUGUAUACUAUGCAGGGGUCAGAAAGGACAAAGCUCCCCAUAACUGUCCAGAGCAACCUGCCCUGACAUGUUUGGGCCCCUUUCCCAGGGAACCCAGGUCGUCAGAAAUAAUUCUCCUUCUUGUGGAAGGACAACAGAGAGCUAGGCUAGAAGAGGGCAAUAAAUCCCAUCUCAAGGUCAGGAGUCCUAAAAGAAAAGCCUGCAUCUUGCUCUUCAACUCAGUCUCCUUCCAUAAGACCUGACUCCAUGCAUGUGGAGACAAAUGGGUAGACAGCCUUUGCCUGUCUUUUAGGAAACAAGCUCCUGCACCUGUCUUCUCCUGGGCAUGGGCACUCCCUUACCCACUAAAAGGAGAAUUCUGCUCUCCUUCACUUCAAGGCCAGCUGCCUCUCCACCAGACAAUCAGGACAGAAAGCCAAAUGAUGGAGAAUGGAGAAACAGGUGUUAGGAAUGGAGAAAUAGGCUGCAGGGAGAUGGCAGAGGGAAAAGGAGCUAAAGUAUGGGUCGUUGCGAAUAGAGCUUGAGCCCAGCUAUCCCUCUCCCACCGCAGAACUGAGAGUCCCAAGGCUCCCUACCCUGACUGUCCCCUUGUACAUCCUGGGAGUAAGGAAGUAGGGGCAGUGGGUAGGAUAUAAAGUAUAAAAGACAAAAUGCCACUAUUAAGUUUCUCAUGGGUGCUUCCAACCUCAGGAAGGGCUUAUCCAAUGUAAAAUAGCUGCAAGCCCAGUAACCUAGAAUGGUUCAGUUGGGUAGAUAGCUCUUGCUCUCAUGUCUCUAGCCCUCAGUCAAGGAAAGUACACCAUAGCUGCUUUCUUGUCAGUGGCCCUUGAGAGAGAAAACAAAUCCCGAAUCCUGUUCAUUUGACUGAUAGUAAGUAGAUUGUGGGUGUCUUGCUACGAUAGGUUUAGUGCAAUGGGGGCCUUUUCAUGUCCAGAAACUGCUGUUGUCACUGCUGCCUCCCCUCCCCCCACCACCUAGAACUCCUGAUUCUACCUGCCUUCUCUAUAUUUAAAAAACGCUUAAAUGGCCAUGAUUUUGUUUUAAAUUCUUAGGUUCCCAUUUGUGUGUCUUCCUCGUGUAAAUCUACUUGUUGGAUUCUAGAUAUUUCUGGCUUGGGCAGGUUUGGGCAUAUGAAGUGAUAGGGAGCCUGAAGUCAUUUUUGUAGCGAGUGAGUGGCGAAUGGCACUGAGGAAUUUCUUUUUGGUGCUUUCGGGUUACACUCAUGUUAUUUUUUCUCCUAGUUGUUAGUUCAUUUCUAAGAUUGGAGAAAGGAGAGAGAAGGAAUGGGAGGUAGUUUUUCUCCCAUGAAACAGCCGUUGGUGGGGGCAGUGGCAGGGGCUCAGAUCUCCAGGAGAAUUGUAAGAAGCCUUCCAGCUCUAGAGCCCUGGGCUGGCUCUUUAAACACUACCUUUUUUUUUUUAUUAUUAGGGUUGGAGGAGUCUGUCGUUGUAGCGUCUUUUGCCUCAUGUUUUCUGAAUCCUGCCUCUGCAGAGUUGAGAUCUUAGCUCACUCUGCACUUCACAUCUCUCCCUCGCUCGUUUUGGAUGCUCAUAGCAUUCUUCAAAUAUUUUAGUACUUUGUUUUUCUGUUUUCAGACAAAUAGAAUAUACCAGAGUCCCUUUCUCAGAUGGUAUAACCCUCUCCUCUACAAUGCUCAGACACUGCCCAUCUCAUCUCAUGCUAGUGUUGUUACUGCGCCCCUCAGCUUCUGGGAUGAUACUCAGACACUGAGCUGGUUGGACUUUUUGGAGAGGAAUAGAGCCUAGGGAGGAUGUGUGGACAAUUAUGGGGAGGGAAUUAUUUUUUAAACAUUUUUAACCAAAGAAUUUGAAGAGCUUCCCAGACUAGGAAGCCUAGUGGCUCUGGAGAGGUCACAGCUCUUUUCAGUGAUAGAUAGGCGUGGUGGGGAGACUAUUCCUUGCACUGAGGGUGAAGACGUGACUUUACUGCUCUACACACCAUUCCCGGGUUGGGCCACUUCAGUUCCAUUUCUCUUCCUUUCCUAACUGCUCAUCAGUGAACUCAAUGCACUUUCCUUGGUGCCUCCAGUGCUCACUUCCUGCUACUCCAGUGUCAACCCAUUGAGGACUGGAGCCUACAUGGAGGCCCUAACUUUGCACCAUAAAGGUGCUAUGAGAAGCCUUGCUGAAAUGUUACAGGGAUCCCAGACUACAGUUUUCUAGAAAAGGAACUAUUGCUGCUCUUUUGUCCACGUGCCCCACCUUCUGGAGAGUGGCAGCAUUGCACUCAUGAGGGGCUAUCUUGCAGCCUUAAUCUAGGGCAAUAAACUUGGGAGGAUGGUUAAGUCCAAAUCUGCCCCCAGGCUCUGCUAGACCUGAUUCAGCAGGCUUCAGAGAAGGGGAGGGGGUGUUAGGAAAGUCAGCCGGUGAAGGGUAGAUCUUACAUUUUGCCCCUUAAUUCCCUAAUGCUUCCUGAUUCCCUCUUCCAAAAACCAACUACUCCAUUUCUGUGCUACCUGCAUUUUAGGUUCUUCCAGGCAUUAGCAGAUCUCUGAAGUUCACUAGCAACUUCUACCCCUUCCUUCCCUAGUCUUCCUUCAGCAGCUGAGACCUGCCAGUGAGCUCAUCACCCUUCUGAGCUUUGCUGCCCCUCCCUAGGGCUGGUCCCAGGACUGCAGUGAUGAAAAGGCUGGGCACCCUCCUCCCUGUUACCACUGCUCUUUCACCCUGGCUUGUUCACAUCCGUUUUGAAUAAACCUUCAUUCUCCAAGCACAUCCCAAAACUUCUUGUCCUUGUUACACAUCUACCUCACAAUCUCACAGUUGAACAAGGGCACGAGCACCUGGUUUAUGGCUUUCCUUUAUACUGUUCCUUCCCUUCAUGAGGACUGGGUUGGAAGCCGGGGGCUAGAAAGUUCAUGAUCAAAUGCAAAAACUCUUUUGGUUAUGUCUAUUUCUGGAAUGUCUUCUCUGGGAUUCUGUAGCUCACUAUCUCCUUAGUGAAGUGUGAACUCUCCAGUUAGGUCCUGCUGUGGUGUAGGCCAGGGGUACAGAUUAUGCAUAUUAACAUAUACCCCCUAGGAUAUUAACUGAUGCUUGGGAGAUGCCCCCAGAACAUGAACAUUGGAGCAGAGCUUAGAAUUUAAGAGGAUAAAAGAGAGUUGGCUAGCCAUAUAGCUGAGAAGGAAACCACCUUAUGGAAGGUGGGAGCUAGAAGCAGAUGGAUCCAGUUACCUCUCCACCUUAACAUCCAGUUAGACUGUUCACCGAGACGAAGCUUCCAGCCUGGUGGAUAAUGAGACUUUCCAGCCUGAGUAAAGUCCCCACCCCAUUACUGGUGUCUCCAAGUUCCAACACACCUUUUUGGCCUUGUGGGGCAGGUGAGUGCUCUCCUGCAUGUACUUACCACCUUGGACAGGAAAUAAGUUUAAUUUAUACUCAAAUACAUUUUGUACAUUUUUUUCUUUAUUCAGAGGUUUCUAGUUUUAUACUCUUCCCAUGUCUAUGCUAAUGCCACCCUUCCAGCUUAUUCUUUUCUGACUGUCGGUCUUCCUACGUCCCAUUCCUACAAUUUGGUAGUUACAUUUUGUCUUAUUUCAACUUUUGUUUUGAAAUAAAACAGAAAAGUCGAUUUCCUGGUGUCUUAUCCUUGGGUGGGAGAUGAGAUGUUGGUGAUGGGCCCGUACGUGCCACUACUGGAGCACCAGGGGCAGCUUAGGAAGCCAAACCAUGUCUCAUGAGAAGAUGAAAGUAGGCACAGCAAAAACCACUUUGCUGUAGCACUUUGGCCAGAUUUCCAGGCGGCAGCACAAAGAACCUAUUCCACCAUGUAUGCCCAGGUGUGAAGCAGGGAUCCUUCUGGAUGCAUCUUCCACAGGAAAGGCCAAGUGUGGAGGUUUAUGAGCAUAUUGCUCCCUUGCCCACUAUCUCACAGUCAGAACCACCCAAACAUCCAUCUGCCCCCGAGGCAUGUGUGAGAACCUGUGAUGAAGGGAAGAUAAAUACGAAAGAGUCUUUUGAAUCUCUAUCAAAUGUGGUUUUUAUUCAACUGACAAGCACUUUUCUACAGCUGCACUUGUGGAACAUCACAUGGCAAAACAGGAGUUUUUUCUCUAGACUUUUUUUUUUUUCCUUUUUUAACCUUAUUAAAAAUGAGAUUGGUCCUAAAAAUAUAGAAAGAAAUAAAUUUAAAUUCACAAAAAACUGUACAUUAUCAAAAAGUCACUAAAACACCACAUUUGGUUAUAUAAAAAGUCAGUCCCUUUUGUUGUAAAAGGAACAUGGAAACUUGUUGGUGGUGACGGUGUGGUUUCUUCCUGUUACCAGACUGACUGACAGGGGGAGGCGGUGGGUUUUUUUUUUGUUUUUUUUUUUUUUAAAAACCUGCCUUCCCUACCAAAAUACUCUUUAUUUGUCAAGAAGAGAAAAUCCACCUAGCUGAAGGGGCAGUGAAGAUGAGGAAAGAAAAGUGAGAAAUGGCCCCUUGGAUCAAGCGCUACUCCUAUCCCACCCCCCUUCAGCCUCUACCUCUUGAAGCUGAGGCUAGGACCCCCACCCCACAUUAAGAAUGCCUGGUCCCUAGGGAAAGAGAUGGAGCUGGGAGAGGAACACAAAGCAGGAACAACUGAGAUUUCUCACUCCCCCAUCCACCUCACCUCCAAUAAUAAAAUUAAUCUAGUACAUUUUAUACUAGGGGAAAACUGCCAUGGGGAAAAAGAGGAGCCCCCAACUCUUAACAGUUCCAAAUAUUUAACUAACACAAAGUUCAUUACAGCGCAGUUAUUUAGAUAAAAUAUAAAUAUUUAUGCAUAAUAUAAAGUCAAUUCAAAUAUUCUUCAAUCCACCUCUUAUUUAAAAGCAAAAAAAAAAAAAUCUCAAAUAAAAUUAAAAGUUUUGAGGUUUAUCUGACAGAAAAGGCGACUUUAGAAAUAGGCUAUGGGCGAGAAGGGACACAAAGGAAUAAGGGGCUGCCCCGGGAACUACACUGCCCCCCACCCCCUUCAGUGCUGCCAUAAGUAGAAGGAUGCUCCACCUCACCAGGCACCCCAUCCCCCACCAAGGGAACCCCUCUUGGAUGCCUCAGCUCUCCGCUUGGGCCAGCCAGCAGCCACCUCCCCAGUGCAAGUACCCGUAAUCUCUGAUGGGAGGGGCUCUGCUGAGCAGGAAAGUAGGGGGCCAGGAGCCCAUGGCUCUAGCUGGGAGUUAGCAGCUUUCCUCUCACAUGUUGGGAGCUUAACUUGGGCAUAAUCACAUGUAGGGCAGUGGUGGACCCAGAACCCCUCCUCCCUACUCUCCUGUGCUCCGGGGUUUCUGCUGCUGGGGAAGGAGUCCUGGGCAUGAAGUAGGGAAGGAACAAAACUAAACCCACAGAAGCUCAUGGGAUUAGGAAAAGAUCCAGUUCUACCCCUCUCCCUGCAAAAGCUUAAGACUCAAAGCUACUGAAAGGAGAGAAGUUCCUGCUGAGAGAUUGCACAGUUUGAAGAGGCUGGAAGAGAAGAGACUGGGAGAGAGGAGAGACGUGUGGCCUUGUCCCUAGAGAAACUCUUCUUUGUGGUUUCCUGAAGACCAAAAGUUGAUGGUUUGAAACAACGGGAAAAGUGGGAAUAAAAACAGAUACUUGGGGAAAUUGAAUGGAUCUCACCAAACAAUACAGGGGCACAAUCACAGCGUUCUCUCACAUACACACACAUACGCACGCACGCGCACACACACACCUCUCUCUCCGAGGCCAGUCAUUGCUACCUGGCCUCCAUCUUGGGGGUGCGCCCAAGCUCAGCAGUAGUUGUCCCUGAGGAGUUCCCAAGAGGGAGGUUUGGGUAAGAGGUGGGGAGGGAGGCUGGAAGGCUUAGGAUGCCUCCCUGCCCUCUCCCCAGCUACUGAGUUUCAGGAAAGGCUGGAAACUCAGCAUGUGAGGAGCAUCCAACAUUGUAGAGGGGAUAGCUAUUGGCAGAAGAUGGGAACAGAGAGAAAGACAGGGACCACUGAACUUUUUUUUUCCUUUGAAGGGAGAAAAAAAAAAAAAGAUUUGGAGGAAGAGAAAAGGAGGGAAGAACCCG